GGCAGACCCAAACAGUCGCAGAGCGAACCAGAGCAGACCCGGAUCACAGAUCACACACACAGAUCGUGCUGUCGUCACAAAUCGUUUGGGGGUUGGCCAAAAAUAAAAUCAAAGUCAUCGACUGGACGGAAUAAACAACUACGAAAAUACAUAGCGAAAUUAAAUUUCCCUUUGGCGUUUUUUUGCGUGUGUCAAGUGGAGAGACGGCGUUGCGUGUGCUAUUUUCCCGCAGCCAAUACACAUUUUUCAUGUCUUGCCAGAAUCUUCGCAGCGCGUUCGACCAGCGGCAAUGUCAUCAGCACUUUAGCAUCAGCCAGCAGAGAUAAUUAAUUCAUCCGAAGGAAAACAGCAGCAGCGAGCAGACAAUAUAUUGAAAAUAUUAUAAAUUAAUAAUAAUCAUAAUAAUAACGCGCGUCAUUCGAAGUGAAAACUUUUUUCGUGGGAAAACAGAAGGAGGAAAAAUUGAUUUUGUUUUGCCUUUUGCCCAGCACAGCUCCGGCAUCUGCUCCUCCGCAUGGGUAAAGUUAUGAGAGUGAAUUCGUUUCCGCCGCCCGCCCACAACUGCCACGCCCACGUGCAGAAACAACAGCAGAAACAAUCGAAAUUGAAAACAAAAAUCGAAAUCUAUUUUAUGUUCAACAAUUUGUGCAAGCGAAAAACUUUAACGGAGUUUCAUUUAUUGACACUAAAACAACACAAAGCGGAAAGUGAGUAAAAGGCAACCAAAAAACACAGUGAACCGAUCGUAAAGAAAUAUAACCAUAUAAACCAAUAUCAGUAGAGUAUAUAUAACCCCCAUCAAAUCAAUAAAGCAAACAGUUUAAUUUGUGUUAGGCCGGAUCAAGGAUAAGAGCGUAAAAAGAGCAUCCUUUCCUUCAAUAUGGUUGGAGUCGCGGUGGACCCCUCGCAGGCGGAUCAGCUGUCCUCGGCCAGGAAUCCCAUGAUCAAGUACAUGCUGAAGACGCGGGAGAACCAUGCCAAGGAGCAGGAUGAGGACUACUCGCAUGUCUUUCGCCGUAAGACACGCUUCGAGAUGUUCCGGCUGUCGGCCAUUGCCAUGGCCAUUGAGUUUGCUUAUGCGGCCGAGACGAGCUUCGUGUCGCCCAUCCUGCUGUCGAUCGGCGUCGAUCACAAGGUCAUGACCAUGGCCUGGGGACUGUCGCCACUGAUUGGAUUCUUUGUAUCGCCGCUGCUGGGCAGCAUCAGUGAUCGGUGCAAGCUGCGCUGGGGACGACGUCGCCCCAUCAUUUCCAUACUAUCGUUUGGCAUAUUUUGCGGCCUCAUCCUGGUGCCCUACGGCAAGGAUCUGGGCGUGCUGCUGGGCGAUGUGGGCUACAAUUACACGGAGGCCGUCGUCACCAAUAUCACGAGCUUCGUCAGCGAAGGCUCGGUGGCGGCAUUGAUGGCCGCCGCCUCUGAGGAGGCAACGGGACCAUCGGCAUCCGACUACAAGUACGCCGUAAUCCUCACGAUUCUGGGCAUGGUUAUGCUGGACUUUGAUGCGGACACCUGCCAGACUCCGGCCCGCACCUACCUGCUGGACAUGUGUGUGCCCGAGGAGCAGCCCAAGGCCAUGACAAUGUUUGCGCUCUUUGCCGGCUUUGGGGGCACCAUCGGCUAUGCCAUCGGCGGCGUGGACUGGGAGCGGACGCACAUUGGCAGCUUCCUGGGCGGCAAUAUACCCACGGUCUUUGGCCUGGUGACGAUCAUCUUUGUGAUCUGCUACUUCAUCACGGUGACCACGUUCCGGGAGAUUCCCCUGCCGCUGAUGGAGAAGGAUGAGCUGCUGCGGCCCAUGUCCGAUGCGGCCGUCAAGAAGGAGCUGAAGAAGAACAACAAUGCCAUCUACUACAUACAGGAGACGACGCAGCUGGAGCUGCAAAUGGUCGCGGACGAUGCCAAGCGUGCCGAGGCACUGCAGGGAAGCUACCAGAAUGGAUACUCCCCGGCCCUGGAGAAGGCCAGAAAAGACCUGGAGACGCAGUCGGUGGCUGAGCCGCCUGUGUCGCUCAGUGCCUACCUCAAGAGCAUCGUCGUUAUGCCCUACUCCAUGAGAAUGCUGGCGCUGACCAAUCUCCUGUGCUGGAUGGGCCACGUCACCUAUUGCCUCUACUUCACCGACUUUGUGGGCGAGGCUGUGUACAAUGGGGAUCCGACAGCGCCUCCCACUUCGGAGGCAUACCUCCGCUACGAGGCUGGCGUCCGAUUUGGCUGCUGGGGCAUGUCCAUCUAUGCCUUCUCCUGUUCGAUUUACUCGCUCUCAGUGACGAAGCUCAUGAAGUGGUUUGGCACAAAAGCUGUGUACAUCAGCGGCAUGAUCUACUAUGCCAUUGGCAUGCUCAUCCUCGGACUCUGGCCCACCAAAUGGGGUGUGCUGGUCUUUAGCACAGCUGCGGGCAUACUCUAUGGCACCAUCUUUACAGUGCCCUUCAUUCUGGUCGCCCGAUACCAUGCCAAGAACUGUUUUCGUAUGCGGAAUGGAGAGACUUUGCCGCUGAAACAGGCCCGUGGUCUGGGCACGGAUGUGGCCAUUAUCAGCAGCGUUGUGUUCAUUGCCCAACUGAUUGUCUCCGUCUCUGUGGGGCCGCUUGUCUCCUGGAUGGGUACCACCUGUGCCGUGCUCUAUGCCUCGACGGUUAUGGCCUUCUUGGCAUCCAUUGCGGCCCUGUUUGUGCUCUAUGUCUAGGGCAGCAGAUUUUUACUGUCUGUCUCUACAUGUAUUUUACAGGUCUACAUACAUGUGUACAUACGUACGUACAUAUGUAUGUAUCUUUGAAGUUUUUAUUUGUAUCUUUGCCUACCUUUUGGCAGUAUCAGCGACUGCGAUCCUCGUGUUGUGGCAUACUUUUAGGCUGAAAAGUAUCUUUUAUUUUAAUAUUUUUAAUACUUCAU